AUGACGUGCGUUGGCCUCUGUUUAGGGCUGUGCUGUAUUCUGGCCGUCGGACUUAGCCAAAACGGGAAAACCGAAGACGACCAAAAGUUGCUUUUCGCUGUUGUUUCUGAGCUGCAUCGAGAGCUUGGCAUCGUCAAUCACCUCGUCUUCUCUGGAAGUCAGAACAAUCCCCUUGUGCAAGAAUCUCUAAUGGAAAGCCUUAACGGCUCGGUGAUUCUGGCUGGGCUGGAGAUCGGGAAACUUCAUUAUAGUGUUAUCAAUAGCAGGAAUGUGGCUAUUGCUUUUUUCAACGGACUUGGCGAUCCAAUACUGGGCGUAGUGCACAAUAUUUUCUUUAAUUGGUGCUAUACGAAGCACUUCCAUAAUACGAUGUUGGUGAUGGAGCACGAGAUCUGGACAUAUGAAGUUAAAUCGACCCUGAAAGUGUUUAAGUUUUCUCCAGGCUCCAUUAGAGAGGCCAUAGGUCUCCACAUAUGCGAUCAGAAUAGAGUGCAAAAACCAGGAUCUUCGGUAACUCUAUACCAAGAUUUUCCAGAUGUAUAUUUGUACAACUCAUCAAACGGAAUCCGUCUGGGCGGUGAAGUCGGCAUUCUCUUGGCGACAUUUAUGGAGAAAAUUAAAUGCUCUAUAGAUAUUCGGCGAGUGUCAUUUGAUGAAUAUAUGCAGAGAGUUUCGCUAGGCAAUACCGGAAAUACUCACAUUGACAUCGGAGCGAAUAUGCUAUCGCACUUUGAUGGGUCGUUGUACAGCCCGGUGUGGAAGAUGACACAGCUAUGCCUCGUGUUGCCCAACGAAUGCCGGAGUUUCAUUGAGCAUUUCAGUGACGUAUAUGAGGCAAAGCUUACAGUUAUGUUUUUCAUGGUGAUUUAUACUCUUUUGAAUGCUCUGAUCAUGUGGAUCAUCAAUCCGCGGGCUCCACUGGGCAAUAUCCUGUUCAAUAGUGCAAGACUCACAAUUGGGCAGGGCGUGGCAAACCGAGCCUUUCGUCGCCUCCGACUUCCUGAGAAGAUUAUCGAGAUGUGUACGCAGAUCUUUACGCUUCUAGUUCUCAGUAUUGUAACAGGAGCGGUGACAACAGCCCUCAUCACAGGCGUGCGUAAGCCCGAAAUUGUGGACCCCGAAACGUUUUUGGAGAGUGGACUGCGAGUUAUGGUCUACUCUAACCAAGUGCAGGACGAGUUUGAAUAUUUCCUGCCAUCGAUUGCGAAACGAUUCCUCUACGUGGACAAGCGUGAGCGGGAUCGCCAUUUAUACGCCCUGAACGACAGCUACGCCUACCUCAUGCUGACUCACAAGUGGCAGCUAUUGGAGUAUAUUCAGCGUCGUCUCCACAAACCAAAACUGCGUCUGGCCACCGGGAAGCUGUGCAGCAUUGAGCGUUACAUCAAGCUUUAUGUGUGCAGCGGCGCAUGCUACGCCCCAGCCCUGAAACACUUUGCGCUGACUGCACACGAGUUUGGGCUAACUACGGGGUGGAUGCAACAGGGAUUGCGUCAGGCGGAGCAAGCUGGGCUUGUGGCUAAGCAGCCUUACGAGCCACCCACUAUGAGACCAUUGCCCCUUAAGUUUUAUCAACGAGCCUAUGCACUAUACGGAUUCAUAUUAGUGCUCGGUCUAAUUGCGUUUUUGAUGGAAUGCCUCAUUGCAUAUUGGCGAACUCAUAAUGCUCGAAUCGUGACUUAA